UCAGCAGCGUGAAGUCUCAUAACGAUUUAGAAGUCGAGCAAGACCUAGAACGCACCAGAGAACGUGUCGAGGAAGAUUUAAGAGGGAAAGAGAAAGUAGAAACGCCGGCCGACGACCAGUCACUCCCACCCCUUAAAUAUUCUUCGACGCCUAUUAGCAGAUAUCAGAAUUUUUAUACAGACCAAUCACAACAAACGACAGAGAAACUAGCUCCUACUUAUCAAGUAGGAACACAGACGAUCUCCCCUUCAACCCGAUUGGUGGGAACGCAGACGACCCUUCCCCCCUUCGAAAAACCCCAACCAUCCUCGUCAAAACAAAUAGAAACAAAGUUCACACCGUACAAAAGCGUAAAUUUCAAAUUGACCCCUUCUCAGCAAACGAUCGACACGAACCCACCUAGACCAACGAUGGCGCAUCCAAACCCAUAUGAGACUUUGUACAAAUGUCUGCGGGAGACAGGGGCGUCAAGAGAAGAAGCCGCAGCAGGAGCGAAAGCCGCCUUGGCAUUGACAAAAACAGCUUGUGGCGCGAGCGAGUUCCGCGCGGUAGAUAUAGUCGAAAAAGAGGCCAACUGCUCCACUGCUACGAACCAGAGCUAUUACAAUAGUCAAAAGUUAUUGCAGAACCAGCAACAACAAACGAUAGCGUUAUUAGCUCAGGUACCCGCUUUCAAUGGAAUGGGGUCAACCAAAUUUGAGGACUGGAUACAACAUUUUGAAAGGGUAGUCGACACUGCUGAUUUUGAAGAAGGGAGAAAAAUAAAACUUUUAGGCUCAAAGGUUUUUGGGUCUGCAGGGGACUGUAUUACAACCUUCCAGCUAAACUAUCCAAGGGAAGCAAAAUCAUUCGUUAAGGUUAAACAGAAUCUCCAUGAACGCUUCCACGGAGGGGAUAACAGAAAAAUGUACUUUACAGAGUUUAAAAAUUGCAUCCGUAAUUCUGGGGAAUCUAUCAGGGACUAUGCUUGCCGGUUACAGAAGCUUUACUCGUUUGCCUACCCAACGGAAGUAGGAAAGACAAUUGAUGCAGAUGUCCUCAAAUUAAGAGAGACUAUGUUAAUGGAUGGCUUUCUGGGAGGGUUAAAGUCCAACCUACGCGAAAGAAUGAGUUUUAAAGACUAUAGGAACUUAAAUGACCUGGUAAAAGCAACAGAGAAAUGUGCAGCUAUCUUAAACGAAGCCAAACUAGAGAAACGGAGCGUCGAAUUUGUCAACGCCGUUUCGGCAAAUGCUAAUGCCCAGGAAUUGAGGGAAACAAAAAACGAGAUCUCGGAACUAAAAUCAGUCAUUGAGCAGCUUUCGCAGAAAAUGAGAGCCACCCAACUUACAGAUAAGAGUCACGAGUCAAUCAAUGCCGUCGCCACGGGCCAUAACGCACAAUUAGCAGAAAGCAAACAGGAAAUAGAGGAAUUGAAAAACCUUUUGAAGGCUAGUAAUAAGAGUUAUAGUGAUAUGAUGAAACAGUCCAGAGACUCAGAGAAAAUGAUGAGAAAUCUGCAGCUCCAGGUCGCCGGUAUGAGCCAAGCGAUCCCCCAGGCUCAACCAAUGAGACAGUAUCAACAAAAUCACAGUGGCCUGGUUACAGACAAUAGUACUCGGGCUCCGCAUCAACCGCCAGUACAUCGUAAUCCACCACCAUUUUACAAGGAUAAUCACAAUAAUCCGGUUAAUGGACCCCCUCACAGAGGAGAGCGGUAUUGUACUUAUUGCGCAAAUAACGGCAGGAACCCAACAACUCACAACACUGACAAGUGUGGAUGGGGACCAAACGGGCCAACCUGCUUCAAAUGCCAUCAAGGUGGGCACAUCGCGCGUGAUUGCCCAUCCGCAGCACUUCGUUCCGACGCCCGAUAUGCGUCGCCAGCUCAGAAUCCUGGUAAGCUCAACCCCUGGAAUCAGGAAAACUAG